CCGUGACUCCAACUUUGUCAUACAUAGCAUAAUCCAACCAUUGAAGUACGACUAAGCUCAAAUGGAUAUCUUGCAUCAUCUUUCAUUUUCCCUUGCUUCUCUACUCACCUUUGUUAUCCUCGCCCAUGCCGCCACCGCUCCGCCCAAUCCACCGCCGCCGCCUCUCACAGCCGCGGCGAGUGAGUACUUGGAGGCGCACAAUGAGGCUCGAGCCGUGGUGGGCGUGGAACCUCUGAGGUGGAGCGAGAAGCUGGGGAACGCCUCCAGUCUGAUGGUCCGGUACCAGCGGAACAAAAUGAAGUGCGAAUUCGCCAACCUGACCACCAGCAAGUACGGCGGAAACCAGCUGUGGGCGGGCGUGACGACGGUGGCGCCACGCGUGGCGGUGGAGGAGUGGGUGAAGGAGAAAGAGUUCUACGUUAGCGCUAACAACUCGUGCGUGGGGAAGCACGAGUGCGGGGUUUACACGCAGGUGGUGUGGAGGAAUUCGACGGAGGUUGGGUGCGCUGAAGCGUCGUGCGUGAAGGAGAAGUCAAGCUUGACCAUUUGUUUCUAUGACCCACCGGGUAACGUCAUUGGAGAGAGCCCAUACUAAUCCAUUCAUCAUCCAUUUCCAUUCCCAUUCCCAUUCCAUGCAUCAUAUCAAAUUAAUUAUGAAGUAAAGACAUUUUCUGUUUAUGACGUAGGUUUUCUCACUUUCUUUCUUCUUCAUGUGCUGUAGGUUUUCAAGUUUUUCUUGUUAUUUUCUGCUACUGCUGAUGAUUUUAGUUAGAAACUCUUAGAUGAUGUUGGACCACCAUUUAUGUGAUUUUCAUCAAUAUUUAUGUGCGAAAGUAAUUAAGUAUUAUUAAUCGUUU